CGCGUCAAAGCGGUCCGACUUCAAACUGGCCAAUCGGAAGAGAGGGUUGCGAGUGGCGGCGACACACGAGAUCAGCGGCGGCUGGAACGGCAACGCUCCGGAUUUCAGUUAUAAAUUCAAAGGGGAGGUUAACGAGAAGGGAGCAGUGAGAUGACUGGCUCAAAUGAAUUCAAGCUAAACCAAUGUCCUGAGGAUGGAAUAUCAGCUAUCAAGUUCAGCCCAAACACAUCUCAGUUCCUCUUGGUAUCAUCCUGGGACUGUACUGUCCGUUUGUAUGAUAUCACGUCGAAUAAUAUGCGCCUAAAGUAUCAACAUUCAGCGGCUGUCCUGGACUGUGCUUUUCAUGAUCCAACUCAUGCAUGGAGUGGUGGAUUGGACCUUUCUCUGAAGAUGCGUGAUUUAAACACAGACCAAGAAUCUAUUGUGGGUUCCCAUGAUGCUUCAAUUCGUUGUGUUGAGUACUGUCCUGAAGUGAACGUAAUGGUCACUGGAAGUUGGGAUCAAACAGUCAAGCUGUGGGAUCCUAGAACACCUUGCAAUGCUGGAACAUUUGCACAACCAGAAAGGGUGUACACUCUUUCUGUGUCUGGUGAUCGUCUAAUUGUUGGAACAGCUGGCCGCCGUGUACUGGUGUGGGACUUGAGGAACAUGGGCUACGUACAGCAAAGGAGAGAAUCUAGUCUCAAGUAUCAGACCCGCUGUAUUAGAGCAUUUCCAAAUAAGCAGGGCUAUGUUCUUAGUUCAAUUGAAGGACGUGUUGCAGUUGAGUACCUUGAUCCUAACCCAGAAGUACAGAAGAAGAAGUAUGCUUUUAAAUGUCAUCGAUUGAAAGAGAACAACCUUGAACAAAUUUAUCCAGUCAAUGCCAUUUCAUUCCACAGUGUUCAUAAUACAUUUGCUACAGGUGGCUCUGAUGGAUUUGUGAAUAUCUGGGAUCCUUUCAAUAAGAAAAGAUUGUGUCAGUUCCACCGCUAUCCCACCAGUAUUGCAUCGCUUUCCUUCAGCAAUGAUGGCUCUGCUAUUGCAAUAGCAUCAUCAUACAUGUAUGAAAAAGGUGAAAUAGAACACCCUGAAGACACUAUCUAUAUUCGGCAAGUGACAGAUGCGGAAACAAAGCCCAACACUGCUGAUGUAAACAAGAGAUGCCUGCGGACUAAGUUGGUCUUCAUUCUCAUGCUGGCUAUCAAGACUAUAGAAGUAGAGGCAAGGAUCCAACAGCAUUGGUGGGAGGAGAAUGCUAAGAAGAUCAUGAAGAUAAGGAAUAUGCUUCUGACCGGCACUACAGAGUCUGGAUAGGAGUCAGCCAUCUUGCAACAGCAGUGGUUUAUUUUCAAAGCGGGCUUUACAUUAAUAGUAUUAAAAUUCAAGGUUAUGUGAUUGGUAUGUCACAAUAUUCUUACAUUACUAGAAUGACUUAUUCUUUGACAAUGGUCAGUUGUCCUCUUAUGGAAUAUGUAACAUCAUAGAUUCCAUUAAAGGGAUGCUCAGCUGGGAAAUUCA